UGAGGUCCAUGCCUGCGUGUCUGCGUGAGUGAGUAAGUGCGUGUGGCCUUUGAAGUGCUUACCGUGUUUACCCUUCAAAAUUGACAUUGGACGGAUCUUAACCUUGAUGCCCACUCUCUUACUCUUGUCUGGGGUCGAUCCAUCCCUGAUUGGGGCUCAACCGCCCACAUCCGUACCAACGUACCAACACGGACUGAGGGAUCGUUAGGGCCUCAACCGAAAAAAAGCGGAGAAGGCGGGGAGGAUCAGCUCAUGUUCCGCCCUUGUACGCUCGGGGGCCGAACAUGGACCCCUCGUUGGCUAGUCUAAAGUGGGCAUCUCAAGUUGGGCUCACCCGCCCCAUGACUUCCGCCACAGCCAGGGUUUGGGGUUAUCCGCGACCUCCAAGUCGUCUUCCAGUGCCAGGUAGUCCGUUUUAAACGUUAUGGUCUCGCUCGACUGACGGGUGCUGACACUACUCCGUCGAUUCGACCGGCCUAGGGAGCCCACGCGGAAAAAACGCCAGUGAUUGUCCGCAUUGAUCCUAAUCAUCGUUCCGGGGUCUGAUCCCCAUCCAAGUUCAUCAUGAGUUCGUACUUCCUGACAUUACGACCUUACAUCGAGAUCUUCGAGGUGCGGAAUGAGGUGCCUGAAAUGAUCCUGGCCAAACCCAGUGAUUGGACUCAUUCCAAUGGUUCGGCUCUCACUUCCGAAACGGAUUUGGUUCAUUUGGCUUCCACAUUGUCGGUCGAGGCUUAUCGAGCCGUUCGAGAAUGGCAACGUUGCAAUUCCAAGACGGCUACUCUAUUGCUUCUUCUAUCCACGGGUGGCGUGCUUAUGUACUUCCUGUACCAGCGGGUCCAAGCCACGUCGCCAACUGUACCAUCCAGUGGAUCCGACCCUCGCAAACCUCGGCCUCAUUGGGGUGGCAGUUCGCUAUCGUGGCUGGAUUGGCUGUUUAGAGGAUCCGGCUGCAGUGAAUUAGUGCACGACUUCAAUGACGAAUCGUUCGUAAUCCAAGGCCGCUAUUUCGGUCCGCCCCCUGGACUCUCGGGCGGUCCCAAUAAAGCGCCGACUUUUGCUAUCGUGAAUCCAGAUCGUCGAAAAGGUCGUUCAUUAUCCCUGAACGGACGUGGAGAAAUAUCUACUGAUUUGGCACCCUGUCCCAACUGCUUAAAGGGCGUUUGUCGUAUUAAGAAACACCGUCAGAUUCAUCAAUACUUGAAAGAAAAACCCUCCUCCACUUCGAGCUCAUCGUAUAAUAAUUCCCCCAUUCGACCUAAUAACUCCGAUGGAUCCCCCGAUGGCAUUCUUCCUAGUCGCGUGCUUCCACCCACUUCCACUCCCGAGAGCGCCGACGAUGAGCUGUCCGAGGACGAAUGUGCCAAAAUAUUUUCUCAGCGAUACUAUGGUGCCAAUUUUGAACGUUACCAAGAGACUCCAUUACGUAGAACAAACUACUAUUUCGGUCGUGGGCCCCCAAGUGCCCGCCUCUUUGACGCCUCUCGAAACCGCCUUCCUCCGGAUGGGCGUGAAAGGUGGUCAUUAUCGCCGGUGACUUUGCCGAUGGAAGAGUUUUCAGACGAAUGCUCCUCAGUAUAUUUCCGACCGCUGGAGAGGGAUGAAACCAUCGAAUCCAUUAAGAGCGUGAGUGGAAGUAUGGUAGAUCUAGUGAAAGGUGCUCGAGAGAUUCGUCGGAUGAUUCGGGAAGCAUCAGUAGAUAGCUUGGCCACGGAUCUUAGCUUGGAGAUCAAUGAUCACAUUGGAACAAGUAUGGAAUUCAACAUGGACCAACUUCAAUGUGACAUCGAUGAGCUCCGAGACAAUUGCAGUGCAAUACACCAAAGGUUUGAUAGUAUUCCAUUUGAGAUGCCUCUAAUGGCGAGCUCAAGAUCGGAACAUGGAAUCUCGUCCAUCGACUCUUCCUUGCAAGAGACCGAAGGGAUCAGAGAAGAACGAGUCGAGCGGAGCACGCCCGAUUUGCGGCUGCUUCAAAGACCGAGGCGUAAACUCUGGCGGUUGACCCAGGUCAAUCAAUCAGAGUCAGACUCGCCUUUUCAAAGUGGUAACGUUAGUAGUUCCAUAGGCGUGCCAACCGAUCCGGAAUCCUUGGAAUGGGAGUCUCCCAACCGUGGAUGGCACGAUUUGCGACAAGCCAAAUACAAGAUAGCUCUAAGCAGUCAUAGUGCCAGUGAAUGUGGGGGUGAUGACGACUUUGGCAGUUUGGUUGACCCAUGGGAAUGGGAUUGCGAGGAUUUCAGCCCCGAAGAUUUUGACCAAACUGACGUUAUUAUGGAUCGCUUCUCUAUGCUGAAUCAUCAGAACUGGUUGCCCGAGAGCACAGAUACCUUGGAGUUGGAUCUGGAGGCGGAAUUGAGCUCGCAAAGUGGAUUCACCUCGUCCCAUGGGAGUGCUCAAAGCCAAAACAAUACCUCAUGCACAAACUCGAGACGGGGAUCGCUGGAUAGAAUUAGUUUCUACAAUCGCAGUCGUCAGCCACCAAGUGGACGAUCCUCGGUCGAUCACGGGUCAUGUGGGGGUGACCAAUGCCAGUCAAUCAUCGAUCCAGAUGCCUUAGUAAAAGCCUUCGGAGCGUAUUCCGAUGAAAUGCAAGGGAGCACCUUGUCCCAAGAGUCCGGAUUUCAAGAAGCCGACUCGAGUAUGGCAUCCUCUCACACAAGUGCGGGCGGCUACUACUCGGGUGGUUUGACGCUUUCACCAGUUCACGAAGCCAAAGAUGAACACAAUUCUAGUUGCGCUGUCACGCCCAUGAAAAAGAAGCGGCUCCCGGAGCACAAGAUUUAUUCUCUACCCCACCAACAAAUGUUUGAGGUGGGUCAAGUUGAUGGCACAUCAGAGGAGAUCAUACGGAUUCUUAAAGAUUAAACUUGUGAAUUGUUGUGAAUUGUUAUGAAGUUACGCCGGUACAUAGGACUGGAAGCAUUUGCUUAAAUGGCGCGUUCUGAACCCCCCUCGAUCGUAAUGUAUUAUUAUGUAUGUAUUGUAUGCACAACGGGCUCGUUUCGUCAGCCAUACUCUCUCUCCUCCGUCUCUUUUAAACAGUCCAACGGUUAUAUUUGGUCAAUUGUUGAAUUUCGACACCCAUAAUGGCAUGAGUUACGCUUUAAUUGGGUUUGUUCCUUGAUAAGGGAACAAAUACCGACUUCAGAAUAGAGCAAAAAAGCAUUAGAUUAUGAAUAUGAAA